AGAGGGCGUGCACUUUACAAAUGUCACUUAUUUUUCAGAGACCCUCGUGUGAGCUGUGCCGCUGUGCGUCCGGUGGCCGGCGACGGCGGUGUUCCACGCAGAAAAGCUCGAUUCCGGCGGAAGGAUUUGGACUCCGCCACCAACCGCUGAGUAGUCGGGUCCGCUGUCCACAGGAGGAGAAGGGCUGAUCCAACGUGCGGACCCACCCAGCCCACCACCAUCUCGAAUGAGUAGGCGAGGUCGCCGCCGACCAGGAGGAUGAAACGGAGGGAGGCGUCGCGUAGGGGUCCAGUUCAGGGCGGCAGGGCACGGGAAUGUCAAUGGUGGAGGGCCUGGAGUCUGUCUGUGUCCCACCCCAAAGCUCCCUGCACAACGCCGUUAGGGACCACGCCAUCCACCUCUUGGCUCCUUCCGAGCCCCGAUCCCUGACCAAAGUGCAGCGGGCUGAUGUUGGACCAACAUUGGCAUUUCACAACAUGGCUUGGCCAGAUAGGAAGACAAUCUGCAAGCACUGUCCAGCUCUGAUGCUUGAAAUGAAGAGGAAAAGGGAAUUACAUGGUUUCCAAUGGAAGAUGCCGUGUUGAUUCAUGGCGCAAUAGCACUCACAUCACUUUUCAGGACUAUUCAGGUAAAUGCAAUGCUAUGCUAAUUAUUCAGGACUACAAAAAUUGCAGAAACACGUGGAUGGCCAAGCAUAUACGCUGCUAGUGCACAAGCAAUGGAGAGCAGAGACAUGACAACAUGACUGUCACUAAUCCACCGUGUAAUGAUGUUAUUAUAUCAGAAUGAGGUGAUUAAAUGCUUAGCUUGGGAACCUGGAGCUGGAGUCAAACAAAGGCAUCUAGUUGUUCCUUCCUCCAGUGGCAACUUGCCUGUUAAUCAAUCAUCUGAUGAUCUGGAUCUCUGCCCUUCAACCGUGCAGGCGAUUUUGCCACCCGUAUUGCAGACAUGACAGCCUCCUAAUCAAGCUAAGUUUGUGAUGCUUCUUGGGUUUGGUGGCGUCUGUUGCAGUUCAUGAGUUGGUUACACAUGAGAAUGAUUCUUGCUGUCCGCUGGUUCAGCUAUGCAGUUGCUUCGACCUCUUUCGUUAUAUAAAGAGGAAAGCCAAAGCCAGGAAGACCACCAUUGCAGCAGCUUGCCUUCUCUUCUCCAUUUCAAGAACAAAAGAAGCUUCACAGCUUCAACCUCCAUUCAAAUCAUGGCUUUCCACCUUAGGUCCGCGAGCGUGCCUUCCAGCCCUCGCUCUAACAAGGCCAACAUCGAUGAACAGCUCCAGAGCCUGAAGGCAACCAUCUCCUCACCUUCAGUGGCCAUUGAAACCAUGGUUGAUGGUCUCAACAAGAUCGUGAGCAUCUACAGCUGCAUUGACGAGCUCACAUCCUUGCCCAGCAACCAACGUCAGCAGAGGAAGGCAGUGGAGGAGGAGCUCGAGCGCUCCCUUGUCCUGCUUGACCUUUGCAACGCCGUGCAAGAGAACUUUGGAGAGCUUAAGGUCAGCGUCCAAGAGAUGCAGCUGGUUCUCAAGAGAGGAGACCAUGUGGCUCUUCAGGCCAAGGUUCAAUCUUAUGCCCGCUUGGCCAAGAAGGCACAAAAGCAGUUCAAGAAGAUCAACAGCAAGGCUGCUUCUGACAUUGAAGGAUGCAGGGUAGUCAUGUUGUUGGCAGAAGCAAGGGAGAUUGCGGUGUCGAUGCUCGAAUCAACAUCACAUCUCCUCUCAAAGAAGAUCGCGAUACCCAGUGCUAGCAAGUGGUCUCUUGUGUCCAAAGCAUUUGAGAAGAAGAAAGUUGUGUGCAAGGAGGAGCAAUUGCAGGCGUUGGAGUUGGACAUUUCUGAUCUUGAGAGUGGAGUUGCCACUUUGUUCAGGACACUGAUCCAGAGCAGAGUUUCUCUUCUGAACACUCUCACCUUGUAGAUCGAUCAUAAACCAACUCUAAUCCCUGCGAUUAGCAUCCGCCUUUUAGAGGAUUUGCUGAUCAUUGAACAGUUUUGAUGUAUAUAUGAGAGAAAGUGUACAGAAAUAUAAUAUGCUGGAAAGCAAAGUUUUGGGUCAA